AUGGCUUUCACACUAGACACUAGGUUUGAGGAGAACAUGGUUUUCUCUUUUGAGUCUCAGAAGUCAGUGCCAGCACCCUUCCUCACAAAGACCUACCAGCUUGUUGAUGACCCUCUCACUGACCACAUUGUUUCAUGGGGUGAAGAUGAAACUACAUUUGUUGUGUGGAGACCCCCUGAGUUUUCCACAGAUCUUCUUCCCAACUACUUCAAACACAACAACUUCUCAAGCUUUGUUAGGCAACUCAACACCUAUGGUUUCAAGAAGGUAGUUGCUGAUAGGUGGGAGUUUGCUAAUGAGCACUUCAGAAAAGGAGCUAAGCACCUUUUAUGUGAAAUACACAGGAGGAAAACACCUCAGCAACAUCACCAACUCUACCAUGACCAACCACCAUCCCAGAUUCUUCAACAAGAUGAAAGUAUCUGCUGGCUUGACACUCCACUUCCAUCUCCAAAACCAAGCUCAGACAUUAUAACAGCACUUUCUGAAGACAACCAAAGACUCAGGAGAAAGAACUUCAUGCUCCUCUCAGAACUUAGUCACAUGAAGAGUUUGUACAAUGACAUCAUAUAUUUCAUCCAAAACCAUAUAAAACGACCACCCUUUGAGCAAAGAACCAGCAGUGCCAUUCCAAAGCUGGUGGAGUUGGACUCGUGGCAUGAGUCUCCAAAUGACACAGGUCUCAGAACUUCAAAAAGUUAUAUUGUGGAUAAUUCUUUGAUUACUUGUACUGAAGAAUCAAACAGUUCUGUGAAGCUCUUUGGGGUCCCUCUGAGUGCUCUAAGUGGCAGAAAGAGAUUGCACCCAGACAACAUUAAUUGA